AUGCGGGACGAGGCAGAGAGACCCGCAGUGGACGACAUGGAAGAGGCGGAGGGAGACAGGGAAACGGAUGGCUGCAGCGAAGAAGCCGGCGGCAACCUUCAUGAGGGCGACGAUGCCCAGAGUGAGUCGAGUGCUCUUGCGGGCAAUGCCGAGCGUGCGACUGAACGAGACGACGUUAGCGAUAGUGGAUCUGAACGGUAUCGGCACGAGUCGGAAACGUCCGCCCUUCCUGAGAAUGUGGACGGGGAAGACAUCGCGCACACAGGGUCACGCUCAAGUUCGCCAGAAAGCCACGACAACUCCACGGUUUCGCGACGCUCCUCCGACAGCCCCGCCGGCGGAUCCCGUGGACGGUCUCUGGAGCUAAACACCGCAGGAGACGCUGAUGGAUCGUCGUUAACAGGCCAACCCGAACCAAAUUCGCCCGAGGCAAGAAAUGCGCCUGUUCUACGCGAACAGGACGAAAGAGCACAAACCCAGGCGGCGGACGAUGAGCGCGCACGCAUCAGCGAUGGCAAGCAGAACCGACUCGGGACUGGAGCAGAUCGCGACGAACAACCUGAACAAGGAAUGCUGUCUUCUUCAGUACCUGACGGGCAAAACCCCUCCCAGAGAGGAGGCGCGUCCGAAGAGAAGGCAAAUCAUCUGUUUUGUUCCAAGUCGCCAACGUCCCGCUUCCCCUCUGAUAGUGUGCCCAGCAGCGCCGGCAACAGACUGCCGUCCGGGGUUCCGUUGGGAGAGGAGUUGGAGGUGAAUCGGCGCACGUUUCUGACGGAAAAGCGAGAUGGACGUGUGGAGGACCACGUCGGAAGACCGGACUCUCGACGCGCUCUGUUUGAAUCGCUAAAGAACGGACCGAAAAUCCGUGAAGGCGUGGAGCGGAUUCAUGGUCUGCUCGACACCCUCGAUCAGAGGGUAGACAAACUCAUGGGGGACCACGAGAGGGAUUUUCUGCUCGCGUACCGGACGCACAUGUACACGAUUCAGAAGCAAAUGGACUACUUCAAACAGAAGGCAGACGAAGAGCAAACAAAGCUUUUGAGAGAUGUGAAGAUUCGGACUCUGGAGAAGGAGUUGAACUGGUUCAUGUCUGAGGCGCUUCGACUUGAUGGCCUGUGCAAGCAGUAUCAAAACGACCUCAAUAAAUGGCGUGACCGAGUCGAGGCGCUGUCUGAGGAUCGUACUUUUCUCGAGAAACAAGUCAAGUCUUGCAAAAAACAAACGCGGGCCCUACAGGCACGCCUCGAGGAAUUCGAAAGCGAGCAUCAGGAGGUACCCGACGGAAGCCCCGUCGCCGGUGAACUCCCUGGACGUGAGGGGUUUGCCGAACAAGGUUUCCAAAUUUUUGGGCGAAGCAGCCACGAAGGCGCGUUCCUCCCUACCGGCAGUCCCCCAGGAAACCCGACGCCUGCCGCCUCUCUUGGACCAGGUUCCUCUCCAAACGCGGCUGCGCCUUCGUCCUUUGGGAAGGAAUGCUGCGAUCGAGCGACUGAGUUUCUCCGCAACCAAAAUGCCCGACUGCGGACUUCUCUCGAGCGCGAAAAACGAAUCGUCAUGCAACUGAGACUGGAGCAAAGCAACAGGGUCUCUGAGAAAACCGACGCAGAGGACUUCUUUCUCAAGUGCUGCGAAGAGGUAAAGAAGGAGAUCCAAAUCCGGAGGACGCGAGCCGUCAGCGACGCCUCCAAAACGAGGACGCGAGAAACAGGAAACAAGGCAGAAGAUUUCGGCAGGCCAAACGGCCGUCUUCCUCGCGACUUGACACUGCAAGAUUUUCUUAAGACUGACAGGCGCCGGCUCCUCGAGUUGAUCAUUUCCAACGAUGACGUUCUCCACACACGACGCAUGACCGACGGGCGAACCUUGGAGGACAGGAAAGCAGGAGGACCCCCCCGUGAUGGAAAGGCACUCUGGACGUACCGCCGGCGCAAAUUGUCCAAGUAG